AUGAAUGUUACGGAAACUUUUAAAAUUGACCCUAAACUCUAUAAUAUAAUUAAUUACAAAAUUUAUCUAAUACACUUUAUACGACUAUCCAUUACCCUAAAGACUAAUAGCAGCAAUGAUAUUAUAUUUGAAGCAUUGAAGAGCAAGCAUGUUAUUCUUACACAAUUGGACACUCCUAUGCUUAUGAGUUACUGUAUUUCUUCAUUAAAUGUUAAUUCAAUUUAUACUAUUUUACCAAAUGAGUUAUUUACUCAAUGCUUUAUGAAAGAUCGAUCCAUUAUUAAUGCAUCCAGUUGUCAUAUACAAAAGGACAAAAUUACUUCGUUGUUAAAUGAAUGGAUAUACGAAAUAAAGCACCCUUCACCAACUAAAAUGAUUUUACCUGUUUGCAUAAUUUUAAAGAUAAUUGUUCUACUCAUAUUUUUUAUUAUAUAUAAUUUUUCCAAAAUUAAUAAAUUUAUAAAUAAUACAUAUUAUAGAAGAAAUAUAAUGAGAAAUUUUUUACAUUGGAUUUAUCAUUUUAGAACUAGACAAGAUUCUCAAUCAUGUUCAGGAAAAAAAAGGACUGAUAUAAUAUACAUAUGA